GAAACAGGCUAUGUGGGCCGCGCAAGUUCUUGGUAUGGAGAUGCUGAUUUGCACAAUCUUGGGAUUGACCAUGUUUUGCCAGGGCGUCGUCUCUUGCAUAUCCAUGUAUGCCCAGUCGCACUCUUGGGGUACCGGGUCGGAUGCGCACUAUCGGCUCGCGUUUAAGUGGAUGGAGCUGGUGUUCGCCGCGGACAACACCAUGUGGGUAGUGAACUCCCUGGGCCUGGGCCUUCUGUCUGGGAUUCUCUGGCAAGUGCAACCUCCCAAGGAUGACCCGCAGUCUGGACGUGAACUCACCCGAGGCUUAGUCUCCAUGUCAAGCCUCCUGAGCCCCAACGAAAAGGAAGGCUACGACCAGGUGGUGGAGCAGAUAGCAAACCGAGGCUUUCGCCUCGGUGCGCUUGUGCGCUUUUGGGAGCGACUUCUCGAUGGUCAGGUGAUGCCAGGCUUUGACUCCGGACGUUCCUUGACCAACGAUGUGGUCAGACGUGCCAUCAUCCCGGAAUCUCGAGUAGAUCAUGGCGGCUUUGCCCUGGCAACUCUGUGGUCCAGUACCGAGACGAAACCGCAAGUCAUGGUCACGCACAACUGGACGAAUGGUUUCGGAAGUCUAGUGGCGGCAAUCCUGGCGGAUGCUUUAGGACGGGCUGAUUUCCACGAGGUUGCGGCCCAGAUUGGCACUGGAUCAGGCCUUGAACGCGUCCAGGCCAAGCUCGGUAGCAAGCUGGAGACGACCUACUGGGUGUGCGCCUUUUGCAUCAACCAGCAUGCCAGCAUUUGUGCUGGCUUUGCACCCGAACCGCCCAAGGGGACGCCCGAAUGGGCUGUUUGGGACAGGAGGCGAUAUGACUCAGUUACAGGUGAAGCAUUUGGAUUAUGCAAUUGCCGAGUGGAGAAAGUUUUGAGCCACACUGACGCAAGGUGUGAACUCAACAAGUUCGACGACAUGAUGACACACCUUGCAUGGCAGGUGGAGGGUUUCACACAGCUCAUUGUGGUCGAUGAUGUUUUCGAUGUGCUUUACCGGGCAUGGUGUGUUGCCGAGAUAUUCGAGGCCAGCGUUCUGGGCAUGGAGUCUCGAAUACAAGUUUCUUCGCAAGAUGCUGUAGAUCUCAACUACGACAAGCUGUCACUACUAGAUGUCCGACAAUGCACAGCUUCGUCCCAAGCUGACAAAGAGAUGAUCAUGGCGAAGAUCUCCGAUGUGGAAGCUUUCAACUUGAAAAUCCAAGAGCUCGUUUUCAGCGAAGAGAUGGGCUUGUUUGCAAAGUGGGUAGGUGGGAACGAGCGUUCCCGGCACGCCGGACGGAUCGUCAGGACCUUUGAACCUCCUGUGACUUCGCUGCCUCAGGCUGACGUCCGGUGUUGGGCCUUGCUCAUUGUGGGCUUGCUGGUGGUUGGCUCCAGUAAAACGAUGGGUUUCCUCGCUCCUUUCGCACUGAAGCGGGCCGUCGAUCUUUUAAGCCGCCAGGAUUACUUGGGCCUGCCAUGGUUGGCCAUCUUCGCUGCACUGAAAGGCAUGACCCAGGCCUUGAACAACAGCAAGACGGCUGUGUUGUGCUUCAUCGCGCGCCCCAUGGGGAGGCGCCUUGCUGGGAGACUCUUUGCCAAGCUUCUCUGUUUGGAUCUCCAGUUCCAUGCCAUGCGGCGAACGGGGGAGAUCCUCCGAAAACUGGAGCGACCGCCCCGUGCGGUCGAUACGCUGUUGCGCGCCUUGCUGUUCACGCUUGUUCCGAUCUUCUACGAACUUGUCGUCGUUUUCUUCCUGCUGCUGUCCCGAGCGGGUACCGACGUUGCGGCCACAGUGCUGUUCACA